AUGGGCGGCGGGUCGUUGUCUAAGCGGUGGCGCAAGGGGAAGCCGGUGGCGGUGAUGGUGAUGGUGGAGGCGGUGUUCGCCCUCGUCAACAUCCUUUACAAACUCGCCGCCAACGACAACAUGAAUCCUUCCCUCAUCGUCGCCUACCGAUUCAUGUUCGGCGCCGCCUUCAUCGGCCCCAUCGCCUUCUUCGUCGAACGGAAAAAGAGGCCAAAGUUAAGCUGGAAAAUAAGCUUAUGUGGGUUUCUAUGUGGUCUGUUCGGGGGAUCGUUGGGACAAAAUCUGUACUUAAGAGGCAUGGUAAUGACGUCAGCAACGUUCUGCUCGGCCAUGACCAAUCUUAUUCCCGCCAUUACUUUCCUUGUCGGCAUCAUUCUCAGAAUAGAAAAAUUGGCAUGGAACACAGUGGCCGGGAAAGCGAAGGUGUUUGGAACGAUCUUAGGGAUCGGAGGAGCGAUGUUCCUCACGCUCUACAAAGGUCCGGACAUAAACUAUUGGGACACAAACAUAAAUCUUUUAACCAUGACUUCAACUCAUCAUAACCCCCAAAUGUCAUCAAGCGCUCACAGUCACGGCAGUUACAUUUUGGGAGCAACCUUGGCGAUAAUUAGUUGUUUCUUUUACGCGCUAUGGCUGAUCACUCAGGCCAAAGCAUCGAAGUUCUAUCCAUGUCCGUACUCUAUAACUGCGAUGAUGACCCUAUCGGCGUCGACUCAAGGGCUCUUAUUUGCACUUUGCAUCGAGAGAGAUUGGAGCCAAUGGCAUUUGGGAUGGGACAUAAGGUUGCUCGCAGUCAGUGUCGCGGGUGUUCUGGGAUCUGGGGUGAUGUUCACGUGGGUCGCGUGGUGCGUGGAAAUGAAAGGGCCACACUUUGUUUCAACGUUCCAACCUUUAAUGCUCUUAAUGGUGGCCUUUUGCGGAUCGUUGUUCUUGGAAGAGAGGCUACACAUGGGAAUAGUAAUCGGCGGUGUGUUAAUAGUUGGUGGACUAUACGUCGUCUUGUGGGGGAAGAAUAAGGAAGCCGAACAAAAUUCGCGAAUCACAGUAGUAAACGACGUUGAAGAUCAAGUGUGCAUCGAUGCAUUGUCGCCGUACGCCGGCGAAAAGGCGCAGGAAGAAAAUCUAGAAGAAGAGAGAUGAAAGAUUCUUGGGUGCCAUGAAUAUUGAUAUAAUUGCCAAAAAUAUGAUUAUACCACAAGAAAAGAUGAAAUUCUAAUUCUCAAAUUUAGGUAUUCAUUUAGUAUGUUUAUUA